UAAAACCUAAUAAUUGAUUUUCACAUUAAAACGUUGAAGGGCGCACUGGUGUAUUCUUUCGCAGGCGUCCAAAAUGGCGACGAAUUCUGCAGCUCUGAACGCUGUUGCUUGAUACCGUUUCGUGUUCUGAACACUUUCAUUCAAGCAGCUCUAAGGUUUGAGAUUUCCUCAGUGAAAGGUAUACCCAGGGUAUGACUGGAUGAAUAUGGCAACUGGAGGUAUGCCAUACUCAAAGAAGGACUCGAAACAGCGAAGUAACUGGCAGAGAUCUACCAGCUAUUCAGAUCGAGAUGAUGCCCACAGUCUCAAUAGUGUUCCAAAUGAUGUGCGCAUUAACAACUGGGACUUCUCUGAUUGGCGACCUAAUUCCCAAUCUGUAGAUGUAAAGCGUCGAAAGAAAUCAAAAGGUAAUCCUGAACGAGAACGUGAACAGUCACUUUCACUCGACUCCCCACCUCACAGAGAAGGUGAGAAGAAGCAGAGGACGCCGUCUACUUUCCCACGUACAAAGUUUACGCCAUCCACACCUACACAACAGAGGGUUGCAUUGGAGAAUCUACGUCAACAGCUCACGUUUAGCGAUUUUGAUGAUCAAUGCAGCACUGAUGGUGAACCAAACAAUGAAAGAAUAAUGAACACACGGAAACGACAUGGCUCCAACUACUCCCAUCCAGAGAGUGGAAGUCGUGGAGAUGGCAGUCGUGGUCAAAGUGGGAAGAGCACUGAUGCUGCUGCUGCAGCUGGUGGUCACAGGGAGGUGAGGAGCAACAGAAAUAACAACAGAGAUGAUGCAACUACCAGGGAUAUUGGGCCUGAUAGCAACCAAAUCGUGGGGCGACUAAUGCAGAUUCGAGACUACAUCAAGCAGGCCAACUCAAUGAUGGACAACCUGAAGAAGAGAGGGGACCCUAAAUCUUGUAAGGAAGACUUGGAAAAGUUGAAAACCCUUAUAGACAAUCUGAAAGAGCAGGAACGAGGCUACAUGGGCCUGCUUCAGAGGACUCUGGCAAUGAGAGAUGAGUCUGGGCUGCUGGAGAAUGGAGCUGUAGCCAGAGCAGAGGCUGAUGGAGGCAACAAGCGGGAUUCAGAUGAUACAGCAUCAGUUGAUCUGGAUGUUGACACGGAUGCUUCUGAAACAACUGAGAACACACAGAGUUCCUCAUCACGUCCUCGCAUUGAAGACAAACUUGGAGCAGAUUCUGAGGCAGAGGAGAGUGGUGAUUCCAAUACUUCUCAUGGAGAUUCCGAUAAUAUGGAUAACACAGUUAUUCAAAGUUUGUCUGGACGAAGAUCAGACUGGGGUGGUGUUGAGGAGAGUGGCCAACAGAUGGAUGAGCAGCAAGCUUCUCUUGCCAGACAGGGAGAACUUGAGAGUUUGAGGAGACAAGAAGAGUUGCUCCAAAUUCUUGUAGAAAAACAGGAUCAGCUGCAACAGUUGCAGGACCGCCAAGAAAGUCUCUUGUCCAUGAAGAAUAAGUGUGAGAAGAAACUGGCCAUGGCACAGGCCAAGGAAAGAGCAAUUACGGACCCUGGUGCAUUUGUAGCAGCUGUGUCUAGUGCUGCUCAUCCGGAGGAAUCUGAAGCCAAAUCUAACAUUGUCGGCUACCCUGAGUCAGAGACAGAGGAAGAACCUAGCAAUGACCUUCUUCCGAAGGAGCUGCUUGAGCUGCGAAGACAUCUAACAGUCCUCAAAAAUGAACUAAAGGCAGAGCCCAGUGACAGUGUUGAAGAUGCUGAACCAUCUAUGGUUGCUGUUGGUGAGCAGAUCCUCGAGGAUAAACUCAGGGACUUGCAAGACAAGAAACAACGAAUGGACAGUUUACUUAGAGAACUGCAGGGAUUACGAUCUCAUAGGCUUGAUCUGCUUCAUGAAUCGGAUAUGACAGAAGGGGCUUCAGAGCAAGUAGCUGUUCCUGAAUCCUUGGCUGAUGGGCCCGACAUUGAUCUCAGUACUGUUUCGACUCAGGGUGCGCAGCAGUUGAGAGAAGCACAGGACAAAUUGGGUAAAUUGCGCGAAGUUCGUGAGAGGCUGAACCAGCUGCGAGAUUUGGUGUCCUAUUACCAGACAGUGAAGGGUGAAGGUGACAUGGGAGCAGGUGGUGAAGGUGCAGAGCAGUCUUCAGCAACAGCAUACAGUGACUAUGGUGCCGACAUGGACCCACAAGCUAUGCUGCAACAACUGCUGCAGCAAGUUGGUCAUGAAAGAGGUGACCGAGGUGGCCGAGCUUUGACAACAGAUGCAGCAGGUGUGUUUGGAGCUGGUCAGACCCUUGUCAACCUGCCUCCAGGACCAGCUCUAGAGGAACACUCAGAUGAAGAGAAUGCAUCCGAUUCAGAGUCAAACAAGGAAUCUCAGUUGUCCAGUCUUGGGCCAUGGGGGGAUGACCCUGAAAUACAGGAAAAAGUUCAGAAGCUACGUGCUGCUAAAGAGAAACUGCGUCAGCUGCAAGAUAUUGUAGCAAUGGUGCAGCAGUCUCCCAGUGGUGCCGCAGAUAUACCAAACACCGUGAUGGAGUUGGCUGCCAGUGAAGAAGGCGAAGUCAUCUCCCAAGUUGCUCAGAUGAACGACCAUAACAUGUCUGUCAGUGAAGGAGAGAUCCCAACACAGGACAAACACUCACAAAGAGAAGAAGCAAGACAACUGUCUACAAUUGAGCAGCAGAGAGAGGAACUGCUGGGUUUGCGUGAGGAGCGAGAGAGACUGAUGGCUGUCCACUCAGCACUUCAGAGUCUCCAGGAGCAGUUCCAGUUGGCGGAAAACGAGGAACCAGAUGCCAAGAGACAGGGUAAAGAUGGUCGAGGAGCAGGUCCAUCAGGCAGUGCACCAAUGGUUACCUUUGCCUCAAAUGAUGAGCUGUACAGCAAAAUGAGAAAACAAAGAAUCCUGCGAGAGGAACUGAGACAAAAGAAAAAGGAGUUGGAGGCAAUUAUGAGGAAGGAUAGGAACAAGAAACAGUACUUCCGCAAUCAGGAUAACCAUAGUGAUACAGUCUCUUACUCAACUGAUGCAUUUGCUGCCAGUGCCAGUGCUGAUGCCACAAUGGCAACAUGGGGUGGUUCAACUGUAGAUAAUCUAGGAAGCAUCACAGAGGAUGAAGAUGGCAAUGACCCAGAGGCUGGACAGGAGGAUGAUGAUGGAUACCCAAGUGAUGGCAUAGUGCAGGUUGAGGAGGAAGAAGAGGAGAAUGACUCUGAUGGAACCUACACUAUUGAAGAUGAUGCCAGACAAAGGAGGUCUGAGAGAUCCCAUCACUCUAAACAGCAGAGUGCUCGUCCGAAGCUGACAAAGGCAUCCGUCAUUGCAGCAGGAGGAGGACAUGGUUGUCCCAGACCAAUGAGGAAACAAGAAGAAUCUGUACGACCAAAACAAGCAACACGAGUGCAGAAGAAAAAGGGCAAACUUGGAAAGAGAGAUGUUCGAGUCAAACAAGAAAAUUACCGGUCAGCUGAGGAGAUUGUUCAGGAGGAGGAGCAGAGUGGUCAGAGUCUGGGGAUGCUGCAACAGCAGCUGGAGCGAACAUCUCAGAUGUGUCAGGCUCUUCUCCUGGACCAACAAUCUGCCAGCCCCUCACAGGGAAUGAUGUCGCCAUCAGGUUUUUCUGUACCUAUGCGUGGAGGGAACCUCAUGCCUGACAUGUUACAACAGCAAAUCCAACAACAGCAGCUGAUGCUGUGCCUGAACCAGUGCUACCAACAGUUGGGAGUACAGCAGGUGGAGAUGCAGAACAUCCAGCAACAACUACAAGGUCUUACCCUCCAGGUGACCGAUUCCUGCCCCCAGUCUAACCAGCCUGUCAACGAUGGACAGGAAAACCAGCGACCAAGCCCGUCACAGACAUCACGACUCACUACACCAAUGACCACUUCAUUUUCAACCAUUCCAAAUAGCACUGCCAGCAUCAAUAUGCAUUCUUCCCGACAGACAACAUUCACCCUCAACCCUCACUUUCCCUCGAACUUCUCCUUCACGCGCCAUCCUGGGGGCAGACAAGCCAACUACUACAAUGAGGAACGGAAAUCACAUAGUCCACAAACUGAUAUGAGGCCCAGUGAUCGCCAGAGUACCAGCAGUGAAACUCACUUCAACAACUUGCGUCCUGUCCCUCCACCGAGGAUUGACUCGUACCUACAGUCAGAGGAUAGAUCCUACUUGAACCAGCAACAGAACAACUAUCUCAGCACUGGACGCAAAGACAAAAACACAGAUGCGUCCAAAGCUCCCAGACUCAACUUACAAGAUAUGCUCAACUCCCGCAAAGUAAAACAACAUGCAACGCAAGGACAGUCCACAGGAGUGUUUGAAACAGUUGACGGUAUGCAUCGCUAUUCUUCACCCAAUCAAACUGCUGGCACUGCUGAUCGUCUAGGGAGCAAGUACCGGCCAGGUUUGAGUGCUGGCAUCAGUGGUGCAGGGUUCCAUGACAACACUAGUCUCUCCAGCAUUUUGUCCACUCGCAUGUCAGAUGCUGGACAAUCAAGGAAUACAAGGGAUGGGGAUGCUGGUGGUGAUCUAUCACUGUUUGAAGCACUGAGGGAAACCAUCUACUCGGAGGUAGCAACCCUUAUCUCCCAGAAUGAGAGCAGACCACACUUCCUUAUCGAGUUAUUCCGCAUCCUACAGGUGCUUAACUCGGACUACCUGCGACAACGUGGCCUCUAUGCUAUACAGGAUCUUGUGUCUAAGACACUUACAGAAGAAAACAGUGACUCUUAUGCUGCGCCACCACCACCAUGGUUGACAGCCACAGCAGGAAAUUGUACACCUUCAGAACUGACUCCCAGCGAAAGUCUUGCCACUUCAGAUGAUGAAGACGUUAAGGCACGACUCCGAGAACGUGUUGCUAUGGUUCAGAGAAGCAAACGUCCUGGCCUAUUGAUGGAAGCCAGUGGUUCACUGAGGAAUGGAACAUUUGACUAUGCAGAGAAAGUUGAAAACACUAGCUCCCUUUCAACACCGUCUACCAGCCUUUGGGAUUCCCCUUUCGCGCAGGAUUCACUCGGCGAUACUGUCAUUCAUUUUGACAAGGCCCUGGAGAAAAUGAGAGAGUAUGAGAAGCUGAAGGCAGAGAGUGAAAGGGCAAGAGGUGUGUUGAGUGACAGUGAAGCUGUGAGAGGACGAGAUGGACGACCAUCACUCACAGACCACUUGCAAGCUAAUGGUGGCACCAUGGACCAAGGCAGUGAGAGCUCAGUGUCAGACAUGCCGGUCAGUUACCCACGGAUUGACACUAACCAGCUGGACCAACAGAUAAAGAGCAUUAUGACUGAGAUCAUGCCAGUGAUUAAAGAGCAUAUGGAUGAUGCCUGCUCCCAACAGUUGCUGGCAUACAUCAAGCGUCUUGUGCUCUCUCUCACAAGGCAGCAUGAUAAUGGACAGGAGUUUGCUCGAUUCUUCCACAGACAGCUGGGAUCCAUACUCCAGGACUCCAUGGCUAAAUUUGAGGGCCGCAGAAUGCGUGAAUGUGGAGAGGAAAUGCUAGUGGAUAUGUCAGAGGUUCUUUUCAAUGAACUGGCUUUCUUCCGGCUCAUGCAAGAUCUGGAUGAACCAACCAUAGCAGACAAGAUCCGAACAAAUGCAUGGUUUCAGUCUGUCUCUGAUAAGUCUGCCUCCAGCAAGAAAAUGGCAAUCCUUGUGGGUGAGGAAUCUGAUGGUAACGAGAGCAGUUCGGAGCCUACAGAUGAUGACCGUAUUCCUUCCACACUCAGGAUGACCAAAACUGAAGAGGAGGAUCUGGGAAAGGACCGGGAUGAUGAGCUGGCUAGUGAGAUGCCAAUACAGGAUGCAGAGGAGAAGGAUGAAGAUCCGGAAUCCCCAUACAAAGCUGCAGGACUGCAGAUAGAGCUGGCUGUUAGUGAGACCAAACCAUUUACCAGAAUUGGAAGUGAUGAAGAUGAGGAUGAAGCAGAUGAGUCGCAAAGUAUGGAGGACCCAUCUGAGACUGCUGUGUCUCGGGAUAACAAACUGGAGCAUUCACAGCCAGUUCACGAGUCAUCAGCUAGUGGAGAAUCCGAGAGUCAGCAGAGAGAAGCAGAAUCAACUCCUGUGAAGGAGAACAAUGCUACUGCUGAAGAGGAGAAGGAGGCUGACACACAACAACAGCCAGAGACAUCAGAGGCAGAUGGCACAGUAACAGGGGGGACAACUCCAGUAAAGAUAGAUGCAUUACAAGAGGAGGUCAGCCAGCAGGCUGAAGGUCAUGUCAAUGGUGAAGUGCACAUUAAUGGAGAUGUAUACAUUGAGGACAUCUGUCUGGAGGACCUUCCUGUCACACUCACAGUUGGCAGUCCAGCUGACCUUGAAGAGAGGUUAGAAGAAGAGCAGAAGCUUACUACUGGUGCUGCAGGUAUUCUAACAACGAUGGAGACUUCCGCAGAGCUGGUUGGAGACGGAAGCGCCCUAAAAGAACCAGAGAGUGAAGCAUAACAACAUCAUUCUACUGAUGGAAGACUUCAACAUCAGCAGUCAACACAUUUUCACGUUCACCACUUACUGAUUAGACAAUACUGUUGUUGUUACUGUUGUGACUAUCAGCAUAUGCUGACAACCAUGUUUACUACUACAUUCACAUCCAAGCCAAACUGAAGCAUUACUGAGUUGCCUGUCCAUUGAUACUGGCCUCAGUUUCACACAGGCCGUAGUAACACAGCCUCACUGUGAUCUAACUCACCAACUGCUGAUGAGAUGUAGGUUGCAUUGUUAUUCCAUCCAUCAUUGUUGUUUUCUUGUUGAUAUAGAUGAUGUUUCAUAGCUUUAUAUUUUCAGGAUUAUGUAAUUUAUUUUAUGCCAAUUAACAAGUUAUAUAUUUUGCCAGUUAGUAAUUGUAUGCUGAAAAACAGCUUUAAAACAUACCUUUAUCAUGAUUAUCAUGCUAUAGAAGUCACCACCACAUAACACAUUGGAAAAUCAAAGUCAGGACAGUUAGUAAAUCAAACAAUGAAUAGCUGUGUUAUCUUUUCAAACUGCUACCUACAGUAAAGCAUUUAAAUUAACAGGUUGACCAGUGUAAGUAUUUAGUGUGUGCUCCCAACCCACCUUGACACAGCCACCAAACACAAUGAUAGAUCAUGCACUUGUCUCUGAUAUUGCAGUGUGCUGUGUAAACCACUUCAGGGUUUCAUCUCUAUCAUUCAUACCAUGUCCAUGUUUCCAGCCCUACCAGGUACAGUGGUAGUUCAUCCCUAUCUUGUACCAAUGCUAUAUACAGUCGGCUUCUCAUUAUCUCAAAGUUUUUGAAAUACUAGGGUUUUUUCUGUGCCAUUUUUUGGUUGACUUAUAAUCAAGAAUGCAAAAAACCUGAAACAUUUACUAGCUCUGGUGACAUAUAGCAACACCUGCUAUUAAUCCUGAAAUUCUACUGGUUGUUAUACCUUUAACAGGAGACAAAUGACACCUCUAGUGGGCUAGUGCCAAAUUCAAAACCUGGUAAUCCUUUGUGAGUGAGUAAGUUCAAAGUUAAUGUUGCAUCAGCAAUAUUCAGCCAAUAUUGUCACAAUGAAAAAAACUAAUCCUAUGAACAUUACAUGACAUUACAGAUAAUUUCAAAAUUUACUGAAAGGUUUGAACAUUAAAUAAGAAAUACAUGGUUUUUUUCAUCACGCCUGUUCCUCUGCUAUGCAAGAUCCUAUUCUCUGUUUGUAAAUUGAUCUGUAACUUUAGAGAUAAUGAGAGACGACUGUAAAUCCAAACCUAUCCACAUGAACAUUAUCGUUCCUAAUGUAAAAUUGAUUUAUUUCAAAACUAUCAGAUAUUGAUUAAUGAUUACCAAUAAUCCUCUCUCCUGGCUUGUCCCCAUACAUUUGUCACUGGAGUGAGAUGUUAUUUGUACACAUGCUAUUAUCAGGCAGUGAGGUAAAUAUGAAAGUGUAAUGGUUGAAGACAGGUGUCAAGUACCAACUGAAGUAACACAUAUUUUGCAGAUGAAAUGAAAUAACAAAUUGUGACUAUACAAAGCUUUGCUUGUCAAUUAUUGAAUUGCAGCUGGUUUGAAAGGAUGCAAGACCCGUUGAAUGGGAGAUGAAAGGUACCAUCAGUUAAUGACAUUGACACUGUAAGCCGAUGAACCAUAACUUUCCUUGUAUAUUUUGAUCCCAUCUAACUAUUGUCCUAGUGCUAUGGUACAUAAACCUGCAUGUUGUCUUUGAAAUCUCCAGCAUUAAAAUGUAAGAAUGUCAGCUGAUGAGAAGUGACAUGAAGUGGACCAAACUGGACCAAACUGAGGAAGUGUCUGUGAUUUCUGCCUGUGAUUGUGAGGACAGGGAGUUCCCCAAGGGAAGCUCUCUGUCGUUGAGCAUAAGUGUAUAGUGACUGAGAAGAGGGCUGAUGAGAGAUGUAGGCAGCAGGCCACAAAGACUGCCCAUGCUGUAACUGUGAUGUGCUUUGCCACUGUUUUAUCAAUAAACUGAUAUAGCAUCA